AUGUCGUUUUCCAACACAAAUACCGGCGACAAGCCCGCGGACCCUUACACCAAGAAAAACGCCGACACCCAGGUCGAUGGCCCGCAGAAGAUCAAGGACUUUACCGAGUUCAUCACAACCAGCAAGUUCGGCAUGCUGACGACGAGGCAAUCAGGCUCCAACCGUCUCGUCUCGCGCAGUAUGGCGGUCGCCGGCACCGAGAAUAACGGCAUCGACCUGGUCUUCCAGAUCAACACCGAGUCGGGCAAGACGGACGACAUUGCAAGCGACCCAGACGUGAACGUCUCGUUCCUCAACGAAAAGGGUUCCUGGGCCUCCAUCGCCGGCCGCGCCACAGUCGUGACGGACCGCGAGCAGGUGAAGAAGUACUACAGCCCCAUACUCAAGGCAUGGCUGGGCGACCUCGGCGACGGCGUGCACGACGGGUCGGAGAACGAUCCCCGCAUCGGCCUCAUCAAGCUCCAGGCGGAGACAGUCACCCACAGUCACGCAGAGUAUGGCACGAUCAAGACGGCGGCCAAGGUGACGGCUGCUGCAGUUCAGGGCAAGACAGCGGAAGUCAACAGCUUGCGGUACAUUUCCGAGGAGGAGUUGGCGGCCUGGAGAAAGGUCUAA